UAAGAGGAGCCGCGCAUGCGCCGCGUGCCCCAGUGGCGUAGGACCUGGUCCGCUCUCCACUCGCUGCAGGGUGGGGUUUCUUCCUGUCCGAGUGGGUCGGCUGUGGACAUGGCUGCUCGCUGCACCGAAACGGUGCUGGCCGCUCUGGGGCUGCUCAGUGUAUGUGCGGCCAGCAGCUCCGGGUCCGGGACUUCGGGAAAGGCGGGCGGGGAGGCAGAAUGGGCGGAGCCGUGGGACGGCGCGGUUUUCCGGCCGCCAGCUGCGUUAGGCGCAGUGGGGGUGGCGCGCGGGCUAGAGUCCCUGCCGCCGGGGAGCAGGGAUACGGUGGACCUACCGGUGCUGCUGUGGUGGAGCCCAGGCCUGUUUCCACACUUCCCGGGAGACUCGGAGCGCAUAGAAUGCACUCGGGGUGCGUGCGUGGCGUCCCGGGACCGGCGGGCGCGCGCCGACCCGCGGACGCGCGCACUGCUCUUCUAUGGCACGGACUUCCGUGCAGCCGACGCCCCCCUGCCGCGCCUGGCGCACCAGAGCUGGGCGCUCCUGCACGAGGAGUCGCCGCUCAACAACUUCCUGCUAAGCCACGGCCCCGGCAUCCGCCUCUUCAACCUCACAGCCACCUUCAGCCGCCACUCGGACUACCCACUGCCGCUGCAGUGGCUGCCCGGGGUCGCCUAUUUGCGCCGGCCUGCGCCUCCGCUCCGGGAACGCGCCGAGUGGCGUCGUCGCGGGUACGCGCCGUUGCUCUACUUGCAGUCCCACUGCGAUGUGCCCGGGGACCGAGACCGCUACGUACGCGAGCUCAUGCGCUACAUCCCGGUGGAUUCCUAUGGCAAGUGCCUUCAGAACCGCCAGCUGCCCACCAUGCGGUUACAGGACACAGCCACGGCCACCACCGAGGAUCCAGAACUCUUGACCUUUCUGUCUCGCUAUAAGUUCCACUUGGCCCUGGAAAAUGCCAUCUGCAAUGAUUACAUGACAGAAAAACUGUGGCGCCCCAUGCAUCUGGGUGCUGUGCCUGUGUAUCGUGGCUCACCCUCUGUGAGGGACUGGAUGCCCAAUAACCACUCCAUCAUCCUAAUUGAUGACUUUGAGUCCCCUCAAAAGCUGGCAGAGUUUAUUGACUUUCUGGACAAGAAUGAUGAAGAGUAUAUGAAAUACCUGGCGUACAAGCGACCAGGGGGCAUCACUAACCAGUUUCUUCUGGAUAGCCUGGAGCAUAGGGAGUGGGGAGUGAAUGACCCCAGGCUGCCUAACUACCUCAAUGGCUUUGAGUGUUUCGUCUGUGACCAUGAACUGGCUCGGCUAGAAGCCGAGAAAGCACAUGCAUCCUCUCCUGGGGACAUUCCUGUCCCCAAGCCUCACAUUGCCCAACCCUCACACAUGAACUGUCCAAUGCCUACCCCUGGCUUUGGCAAAGUGGAAGAGAUUCCUGAGAAUGACAGCUGGAAGGAAAUGUGGCUACAAGAUUAUUGGCAAGGUCUCUAUCAGGGGGAAGCACUCACUGCCAUGAUCCACAACAAUGAAACAGAGCAGAGCAAGUUUUGGGAUUAUGUACAUCAGAUCUUCAUGAAAAGGAAUAAAAAUCGCUAACUGCCCCUGCAAGAGCCUUUAGCUUGGAAGACAUCUGGAAACAGUUUUACCAUGGCACCUAAUCACAUCCACUGCAGCCUUGAGUGAAUAUUGUCUACCUUGAUGCAUUCAUUGAUUCUCCUGCCCUGUACUGGGGAUGGAACCUGAGGUUUGAGAAUGCUGGGCAAGUGCCCUUCACCUCUCCACUGUACCUGAAUGGUAUGGAGCCAGUGUCUCAGCCUCUGGUAACAGAGCUUCUCCUGAAGGAGAGGCAGAAGCCAGAAGCACCCAUUUGGCUCAAGGAUGUCUGUAGCCAUUUCAUCAUUUCAGCUGUGGACAGGAUGGGUCAGGCUGUGAUCUAAGACGUCUGUCAUUUAGUGCCCUGUCAGUAGUGUCUGCUCCUCAUUGAGCUUCUCUUAUCAGCUGUCACACUGGUGGAGAAGCAAGGGGGGGGGGUGGCUAUUCUGUUUUUCUGCUUUUUUUUUCCUUUUGAGAUAGGUCUCACUAUGUGGCCCAAGCUAGCUGCCAACUCCUGGGCCUAAGUGACAAUGCCAGCCUCAGCCUCUUCAGUAGCUGGGGCUGUAGGUAUACAACACUAUGCCCAGCUCUUCAAGUUACUUUAAGAAAUAUUUGCACUGUCUUUAGAAUCAAAAAAAAAUUUUUUUUUUUUUACAUUUUAAGUGGCUCUUUCUUUCUGGCUUAAGGCUAUUUCCCACAAACACGGGGAAGACUGACGGACAUUUCCAUCAUUCUUACUGCUUGGUUUUCUUGUUUAGGGAAUAUUUGGAAUUCCUUCUCUCAUGAACAGAUUAAGUAGCUGUUCUAAUAAGACACUAAUGUCAGUUCAAUAUAUUGCCCUGUCAGAGGGUUGGAAAGACCCAUUCAAUCCAUUACUCACAUUCUUCCAGAUAACUUUAUGGUGCCGAGUCUCUGUUUUUUGUGGUUCUGGGGAAGCAAGCACUCUACCAACUGAGUUAUAGCUGCCACCCUAGUACUGAGAUUUUUUUCUUUCAUGAAGCCAGCCCACGGCCCCCAAUUCAAAGAGAUUGAAGAAGGCAAUGAAUUUAAGCCACCGUAAGUGGCUAGAUAAAUAAAAACUUUAGAUUUGGGGCUGGAGAGCACUGGCUGCUCUUCUAGAGGGUCCAACUUUGAUUCCUAGCACACACAUAGCAGCUCACAACUGUCUGAAACUUCAGUUCCAGGGGGAUUCGAUCUCUCUUCUGGCCUUUAUGGGCACCAGGCACGAAUAUGCUACACAGACAUUCAUGCAGGCAAAACACCCACAUAUAUCCACAGCAACAAAAACUUUAGAUUUGGAGACACAGAUCAGCUGUCUCCUGCUGUAGCUUGACCAGGAGACAGAUGUUUUCUGGAGUACUAAGAAAGAAUGCCUAGGACCUCAGAGCUAUGCUUAUUGUGUUAGUGAAUUAUCACUAAAGAAAUCUCAUGACUUAUCGGUAUCUGUAAACUAUAGAUAUCUGUGAAUCCAUAUCUAUCCUGAUAGAUACGUACGCAUGUCAGAUGCUUCAGCAACCAGGCUGCAUAAUUAAUAAUUGUGAUAUCUAAGGCGGUGACCAAGAAAAGCUUUAACACAGGUUGGAAUUACAUUUCUAAAGUUUUUUUUUCUUCGUUGUGUGUGUGUUGCUGAGAUGGAUCCCAAGGCCCUGUGCAUGCUAAGCAUGUGCCCUGGCUCUAUCUCUGAGUUAUAUUCCCAGACCUUUAUUUUAUUUAGUUAAAAAUGCUUUCAUAGUAGCAUGAAAAUUAUUUAACCCAUUUGGUCUCUUACAGAGAACAAGAGAGAAAGAUGUUUUAAAAAGUGUAUCAGAGAUAGGUGGGUCCAGGAGUGCUAGGCAAGCCUGGGCUACAAUAGCAAGACUGUGUCUCAAACAACAAUAACAACAGCAAAAAACUUUCAUAGUAUAGAUGGGCAUGGUUGCACACACUUUAGUUUUAGCAUUCUAGUAUUUUGGGAGGCAAAAGCAAGUGAAUCUCUGUGAGUUUGAGACUAGGUCUAUUUAGUGUUCCAGGCCAGUCAGAGCUAUAUAGUGAGACCCUGUCUCAAUAGAUGGAUGGAUAGAUGGAUGGAUGAUAGAUGCUGAUUCCUACAGCAAAGUAACUAUUAUACAAGUGCAAAUCUAGAUUAGAACUCAGAUGUCCUACGAGCAACAAGAAAGGUAAGUGAUGGUCAUGCAAAAUGCCGGCUCCUGUCCAAGCUACCGGUAACUCACAUGAACACUCCUGUGCACAAAAUGAUCCAUUUGGUCAUAAAUGGUUGUUGCUGGACAACCAGACUUGCGUUUUGCUUGGUGCUUCCCAGCCUCUUUAUCCCUGCCAUUAUGUAAAUAAUCAUAAAAGCCCAGGGCAAAUCAGGUGCUACAUUUCCAAGAGGGGAAGAACUGUGAGUAACCACAUAGUACUUACUAAGGAAAAAGCUUUACUUUCCAUGUGAAGAAAACAAUUUUUUUUUUCUGGCUUGGGGCUCAGCUAUACUGUCUACAGCACCUACUAUUUGCUGCAGGUCCUGGGCACUAGUGGUAGAAGUUUAAGGAGAAUACGGGGUAGUACACAAGGCUGAUGGUGAGGGUUACUAUCUAUCUAUUAUCCUCUCAGGUUUCAUCUUAUAUAAUAAACUGCUUUCUACAUAGUG